GCUAGGCUGCGGCGGGGCCCUCGGGAAGCGGCGCUGCGGCCCCUCCUUUCCCGGGAGGCGGCGGGGCAGCGUUGCAGAGCUCUCCGCCCCCCCCUGGCCGGGUGGGGGGGGGGAGCAGGGGGUCUUUCAGCUGCUCUGCUUCUGGCCCAGCCCCAGCCAGCCUCAGGCGCCUUCGGUGGUUUGGCCCCGUUGCCAGGAGAGCCCAAAGCUCCGCCCGGAGCGGUCGAUGCCUAAGUUCCCCUCCCGCCUUCCCUGAGAAGCGGAUUCUGGGCAUGAAGCUGAUCUGGAAGCCCCCCCCCCCGGGGGGGACAGGGGAGGGGGAGCAGCAAAACAGCUGGGCAGCUCUUGCCUGCAGAGCCUGCUUCCCUUGCCCCCCCCCCCCCCUUGAGGGGCCUGGUCCUGGGGCUCGUCCCUCUUGGGGUUAAUUCAGUUGGGAAAGCAGGUCCGGGUUGGAGGGAGGGCAACAAGUACACUAGCCCACCUGGGAGGUGGGCAGGGAAGCCCACCCAGGGCAGCUCUGGUCGUUUCACCUGCUGAAUUGUCCUCCUUGGCAGGAAGCCUAUGUGGAAUAUCUGAAGAGCAUCAGCUACAUCACCCAGGUUCUCCUGGAAGAGGCUGCGGCCACGACUGACACAAUCACACAUUCCUUGUCCCGAAGGGGAUGAAAAUGACCUGGUGCCGGACACCCCCAAGAUGCUGAAGGUAGCGGAGCAGUGCCUGGAGAGGGCCAAGAGCAGCGUUUCUAAAAUAGGAAAGGCCAAGGCCAAGCUGGUGGGGAAGAAGGGGGGCCCUGCUCCCGUUUCCAGGCACCGCAGAGUCUCCUCGGAUGAAGGCAGGAAGCUUUCGCCCUUUCUGCCUCCUGAGAUGUUCCAAAAGCUGCAGAUCUCUCAAGUGCAGAGCCCCAGGAACAGCAGAGAGUUGAGCCCCCUGGAAGAGGCGUCCUUGCAAAACCAGAAGCUGAGAGCGACCUACGAGGCCCGGCUGGCCCGGCUCAACCCCAACCAGGCGGUGCAGAAGACCUCUCUGACCCUUUCUCUGCAACGGCAGAUGAUGGAGAACUUGGUGAUCGCAAAAGCCCGGGAAGAAGCCCUCCAGAGAAAGAUGGAGGAGCAUCGCCUGCGCCUGCAGGAAGCCGCCAACAGGAGGUUCUCCAGCAAUGCGGUGCUGACCCCAGAAGAGCAGGAGCAGCGCGCCAUCUACGCGGCCAUCCUGGAGUACGAGCAGGACCACGACUGGCCAAGGCUAUGGAAGGCCCAGUUGAAAGAGCAGCCCAGCGACCUGUCCUUGGUGCCAAAGCUUCUCUCGCACCUGCUCAGCUUUGCGGAUCAUCCCAUCUGCCAGUUGCUGAAGAAGCUGCAGUGCUCGGCCUACCACCGCAUCUACCCUCUCAUCAGCCAGAGCAGGACGACGGAGGCCUCGCGCGGUUGGUCCCUCUCCUCCUCGCUGGAUGCCGAGGCCUUCCUGCCAGCGGCCACCGAGGGGCGGAGGCUGCGCUCCUCCCAAAGCUUGCACUCCAUGUUUUCCGUCCAGGAACACAACAAGUUGAACCUCCGCCAUAGCAUCUCUGGCACCCCCUUCAUUGAGGACCAGAGCCUCUUGCUUCCCCCCCAAGAAGGACGGGGGUCCCCCCCCCUGGCUGACCGGGAGAGCUCCUUCGAGGACCUGGAGCAAUUCUUGUCAGCCUCCGAAGCGCAGCCAGCAGGGCCCCUGCAAAGCCCUUUGCCGGGGAAGAAGGGCUCCCAGCAGGAGGCCCUUAAGGCGGUCGUGAAGGAGAUUCACAACUCCAUUGACAGACUCUUGUCCCUGACCCUGCUGGCUUUCGAAGGCCUCAACACGGCGGCCGCCAAGGACCAGUGCCUGGCACGGCUGGAGGAAGCCUUCUUUGGCCCACUCUGGGGGCCCCUCUUGACAGUGUACAGGACUGUCUACAGGGCCCUGGAAGAGGCUCUCUCCAGGAGCAUGGAGCUGCGCAGGAAGGCCUCUCCGGCUGAGAUGGGCAUCCCCUCCAAGCUGCUCCCCAAGGCAGCAGGGCCUCCCCCAUACGCUGCAGCCGUGCAGGAAUUGCUCCUCCUCCCUCUCAGCAGCUGCCCGCAGAAGAAGCUGGAGUGCAUCGUGAGGACCUUGCGAGUCAUCUGUGAAUGUGCAGAGGAAUAUUGUGGGAGCCGACUCCAACCAGCGUCCGCCGCUAUCGGUGCUGACGACCUCUUGCCCAUCCUGUCCUUCGUGGUCCUCCAGAGCAACCUCCCUCAGCUGGCCUCCGAGUGUGCCGCCCUGGAAGAGUUCAUCCACGAAGGGUACCUGAUUGGGGAGGAGGGCUACUGCCUGACCUCCCUGCAGAGCGCCCUCUCCUACGUGCAGAGCCUGCAGGGGCCUGUGGGGCUCCGGAAGUAGCAGAGCUGCCGGUGGGGGGGGGGCUGCCCCUCCCUGAGCCCCCUCAUGAAGGAUCCCUCCCUCCUGCCACGCUGCUCCCUGGGAGGCUUUUUGGAGGACUGGGGAACUGAGCAGCUGGACCAGGCAGCCUCCCAGGGCAACUCUUGCACAAGAUUUGGGGGGGGGGGAGGGUUGGCAGGCAAACUUUGGGGUUAACCCAGCAUUGCCCAGCAUCUGCCCCCCCUGCAAGGCCUUCUGGCACUGUGGCUUCUGUCCUGGUAUGUCGCAAGACGCUUAGCUGUCUGUUCCCCCCCCGCCCCCCCCCUCGUAAUAGCCUGCCUUGAGGGUGAAAAAAGGGGGGGUGGGCUGCAUCUUGUUUCCCACGUUAACACUAAGAGUUGCUGUAGCCCUCCCCCUUCCCUCAGCUGCAGGGCAAGCCAGCCACCCUGGCCCCCUGGCAGCCCCUUCCUUGGGAAGGAUGGCCAGAGGCAGAGAUGGGAGCCUGCUGACCCGCCAUCCCCUCCCUCCCCCUGCCCUGCAUGGCCCCUCCCUGUAUGGCAGCUGCUUCAACCCGUGGCUUCUGCUGCACCCCACGGGGCCACUUUUCCCUGGGGGGGGUGGUUGCUGAGUAAAGGGAAGGUGGGGGAGGGGCCUGGCUGCCCAUCCUUCCUUGCCUCAGUUUGGGGUCUUUUGAGUUCCUCUGUGAUGGAAUAGGAGCCACCUGGGGGAAGCCAACAGGUGAGCUUCCCCUGUGGAUUGUGCGUUGUCUACUGAGGUAGAGCAGAGCUGCGGGGAGAAAGGGGGGGGGAGUGGGAAGGAAGCUGAGAGUGGCUUGCAGGAACUCGCACAAGCCUCUGAGCCGCCAGGUGGGGAAGGAAGACGGAGCCCCCCCCCACCUGCAGGGCCCCCGGAGGGGCUGGGAGGGUCCCGAGAGGUCCCUACUGCGCCAUAGAAGGAAGCCGGGGCUCCCUUGCAAUCCAGGCCCUCUGCACCGUCUCCUCCUGGGGGGCCGUUCGUGUCCCUCCUGCCUGACCCUCCACUGACUUUGGCGCCUCCAUCUUUCCGUCUGUCCUGCAGCUUCACUCCUGGAAGCUCUUUGGGAAUAAAGCUCCUCUUCUCCCUGCCA